AUGUCUUCCGCUGCGUACAACCCCGUCCGCGCCGACGCUCGCAAGGCCGACCGCCGCAGCGACCGACUGGCACGACAGACCGCCGACCACACCGCGCGCUCGGCUGCCGACAGCGCCGACAGCGCCGACAGCACCCGCCGCAGCGGCGAAGACGGCUCCGACACCGAGGUCGACGAUGCCCUGAUCACGGACGACGAGAAGCAGUGGGAGACCGUUGCGCUGGAGCGGGGGCUGCUGGGCCGACGGCCGUCGCGCGCGAGCCGCGUGCUGGGGGCGGUCCGGCGCCACCGCUGGAUGGUGGACACGGGGCUGCUGGUGGUGAUUCUGGGGCUGGUGGUGCUGCUGCAGCUGGAGGUGCGGCAGCGGCCGGCGCGGUGGCAGGUCGGGGGGGAUUAUAUGAAGACGGGGCCGAUCUUCCGCACAAAAGUCGUCAAGUGGGAGGCCGACGAGGCCUUUGUCCCCCCCAAGGACGCCGACUUUGCCAGCAACACCACGCUGGCCACGUGGAACACGCUGAUGCCGCAGGGCACGGGCUGGCACAACACCGAGGCCGCGACGACCUUCUUCACGACGACCAUGACGCACCAGCUGCACUGCAUCCUGAUGAUGGGCCGCAUCUACACGGCGCUGCGCAUGAACGCCAUGCCGUCGCCCGACCUGCCGGCGGACUACCACUCGCACUACCUGCACUGCAUCGACUAUCUGCGGCAGGCGGCCAUGUGCGCGGGCGACGUGGCGGUGGAGGCGCACGAGCCGACGGACGCGUCGGACAAUGGGGCGCUGGACGGGGGGUGGAGCGGUCAUCAUGUGUGCAAAGACUACGGCCAAAUCACGAGCUACCUCGAGAGCCAAAUCCGGGACGGCGUGCGCACAGUCCUGCCGAUUGACGAUUAG